GUGCUUUGCUCUGCCAGACUCUCAUAUUCUCAUCUCAUUUAUCUCCCAGACUCUCAUCUCCGCGUUUCUCAUCUCAUAAUCUCAUCUCACACUACACUCAUGCUCAGGCUCUUCGUUCCUCCCACCACCACGAACUCAUUCAAUUGAUCAAUUCCUCUUUUCUCCUUGACCCGUCGCUCUCCCUCAUAAAAUUUCCUCAUUCUUCCCCAAUUCCACACACGCCGUUCAACCCUAAGUCCCUAAGUCGAGUGGCCUCACUGAUUGGAGCAAACCCCCUUCAUAGGGUCAUCGCGAGUUCGCCGCAGCUGGACAGGUAUGCUCGGUGGUUCCGGUGACGAGAACUUGAUAAGGUUCCUGCUCGUUUUCCGCUGACGGCAGCAUUGCCAUUUACGGCGAUUUUAUCGCCUUCGCUCAACCCCUUCAUCACCGGUUUCGUCGCCGGACCGAGCCUAACGGAUCAUCCCAUCUGAACCCUAAUUCGUGACAAAUUUCGGAGGUGCAGCAGUGAAGGAUUUGUCCCCUUCCAAGGUUAAAAUUUACCUGACUUUAUUUGCAAUGGAUAAUGAUGUAAAAUAAAUGUGUUUUCUCUGUUCUUGCUUUUCUGUUGACUCGCCGUUGUCGUGCUUGUACCUAUUUGAGCAAUCUGGUUUUCCCGAUAUCAUUUUUCUUUUGGCCUUCAUGUUUGUUGGUGUGUGUGGUUGUCUCGAUGUGUGUUGUAUCUGCUAUUUUAAUUAGUUUUUGCUUGAGGCAUUGCGGUGGCUUUUGACAUUUCGGUGGGCUGGUUAGUGAUCCUGGAAUAUUAGAAUACAUUUCUUUUGGCUUGUGCUUUCAUAGCUGCCUUCGUAUUUGGUUUAUGGGAGAUUAAAGUUCUAUUGUAAUGAAGUAUUUCGUUUGCAGUGCACGCUUGGUUGGUUUUAUUGUAGGUUGGUUGCUAGAAACAUUUAGUGUCAAAUUACUUGCCCCAUUAGUUGCAUUUGCUUUAAAUAUUUGUUGAACGUAGGUCUCUGCCAUAUAUUUGCUUGGUCUCUUCGUGCAUCUUUGAGAAUGCUUGCUAGUACUGUACCAUAGUAGUUUAUAAUUUGUCAACUUAUAGGGUUAAAAAGCUACCACAUGGAAAACUUGGCCUGAAGUUACAGAAAAAAAACUCAAACUGGGUCUCAUCAGCAAAAACAAAAAGUCAAAAUUGGCGGGCCAUCCCGCCCUGUAGGACGGGUUCUGCGUUUCAGCCUGCUCCCAUGUUGUGGACCAGCCUGGCCAGGCCUGUUUUAGGAGGGCCGGAGGCUGGUCGGACUAAAACGGUUUGGGUUGCCCCGUUUUACUAUCCCUAUGUGCAAACGCACGCUAUAGAGGUGAACAAUAUCAGGAUCGGAGACACAUAGCUUUUGAGAUAUUAGUAUCUUCUGUUCUGAGCUGUAAUUCCUUCGGUGUUCUUUCCUUAGGAUCUGUAGUACAUAGAAUCUAAGAUUGAUUGGCUAACACAAGCAGCCCAAUGGCACAAGAGUAGUUUAUUCUCUGAAUAAUGGCUCUAUCAAGAUUUUGUUUCUGCUCUGCAUGUAUUAUGAGGCCCAAAGAAAAUGCUGGUUCCGUUAAAACAACAGCUACAGAUACUGCUCUAGAGAACUUUAAGCAGAAGUGGGAAUUAUUUAGAGUAGCAUGUGAUCAAGCUGAGGAGUUUGUGGAGUCUGUGAAGCAAAGAAUAGGAUCCGAGUGUCUAGUGGAUGAGGCAACAAGGCCUGUGGCAGGAAAACCUGGACAAGCUACCAUGACUGGUCUUCCUUCCCAUAGUGCUCGGUUGGAACAACUGAGUAAAGCUGUUUCGAUGGCUGUCAUUGAAUUGCAAGCAUGUGUUCUGGAGCUGUCUGCUAGUCUCUCUUCCCAUCCCUCAGCUCCAUUCGAUGGUCGAGGUUUCUGAAGAUGCUACUCGUAGCAUAAUUGGAUGAUUAAUGUUAUAUAUUUCUCUAUGCUGAUUCUUUCUUAGGGUAGACGGCUUUCGGCGAUUUUAUAUCCAUGUUAUACGUAUUAGCUCUUUUUCACUUGAAAGAAUGCACUUCAGUGUUUUGUGCAUCUGUGACCACAUUCCUAGUUUAUGUUGGUCAUAAUUAAAUGUAUUUAUUUAACCUAAAAAAUCGUAUGAUUCCACUAUGAUUUAUUAAACACUAUAAAAUGUAUACAAGUCGUGGCAAUUCCGAAACU